CGAAGCCUUCGCAUUCACAGAUCGCCGGGCACCCCAAUUCCGCCAACACUUCUUGAAGCUUACAGAUGCCGGUCAACAAAUAACACAACUUUGGUUGACUUUAGCAAUGUUUCUUGAAACAGUUCAAGGUCUUCGUUGUUCAUCGAAGGCAUCGUUGUCGUCGCUGUCAGUCUCCAAAAACGAAACCACCGCAGCAGUAGGAGAGGGGUUGGGUAGAGAAGACCAAAGAAGAUGACGGUCUACGGCGGUCACAGUAGUAGGACGACACUUGUGUCACUGCUACUGGUUGUGAUGAUGAUGAUGGCUACGUUGUCGCAAAAAUUCUCUCGUUGCCAAGUUGACGCAUCACCGUCCAUGGUCAUCACCACCACCGACCCGGGCACCUCGUCAUCGAAUGUGGCCGCUGCUGCUGCGGCGACGCAACAACAGCAGCAACGUGACGGCGGUAUCCCCUUGAACGUCAGCGACGACGCAUCCAUACGCCACGCCGCCUCCGUGGCCGCCUACAGCCUACAGUCAUUCUACAACGGCAACCGUACCGGCGGGACGCUGGGCAAGUUCCCUUAUCCGCCGUAUUACUGGUGGCUCAGUGGCGCGGCUUGGGACGGGAUGUUGCAUUACUGGUUGUUCACGGGCGACGAGAGUUACAACAACAUCACCUGGAUGGCUCUGGUCAGCCAGAUUUCACCAACGAACAAUUAUUUACCCGUUGCAGAAAUGUUUGAUGAGGGUAACGAUGAUAUCGCAUUCUGGGCCUUUGCGGCCAUGUUCGCCGCGGAACAUUCUUUCCCCGACCCCCCUUCACCUCGGUACCCUUCUUGGCUUCGAAUCUGUGAGAAUGUUUUUGAUGAUUUCGUCACGAGGUGGGAAAAGUCGAGUGACACCUGUGGCGGCGGGUUGAGGUGGCAAGUCUUUUCUUCUUCCGCCGGGUGGGAUUACAAGAAUUCCAUCAGCAAUGGGGGAUUCUUUCAACUUGCGGCAAGACUGGCGAGGUACACUGGAAACGGGACUUACCUGACCUGGGCGGAAAAGGUGUGGGAUUGGUCGGAACGAAUUGGUCUUGUCGAAGCAACAGACCUCAAUGUUUAUGACGGAGCAGGGAUUGACAGUGGGUUGAAUUGUACAAAACUCGACCAUACUCAGUGGAGUUAUAACAUCGCAGUUUACCUUUAUGGAGCCGCCGUCAUGCACAACAUCACUGUACCCGCGGGGACCGGGGUGAGGCAACGAAGAGGGGUGUGGACGAAUCGCACGGAAGGGUUACUUGGAGUGGCAGAACGCAUGUUUUUCGGGGCUGACGAUGGGGGUAGUGAUGGGUUGAAGAAUGCCAGUGGUGUCAUGGUGGAACAGGCUUGUGAAUUGGAUUGGAGUUGUGACGUCGAUCAAUUCAGUUUCAAGGCAUAUCUGGCAAGGUGGAUGGCUGAUACGACGGUGCUGGUACCGCACCUGAAAGGUAGGGUUGGGGGCUUGCUGAAGAGUAGUGCCAAGGUAGCCGUGAAGGCUUGCACGAAUGUCGACGCAGGUGAUGCCAGGUUCAAGUGUGGUGCUCAUUGGUACAUGGGAAAAUGGGAUGGGUCGAUCGGUGUAGGACAGUCGUUGAGUGUGUUGGAGGUCGUUCAGAGUUUAUUGGUGAAUGACACCAAAGCUCCAGAAAAUGUCCAAUUCAUCAAGUGUGACGCAACAUCAUGGGAUGAUCAAGUUGUCUUGUUCAAAUUGGCAGUCAUAGUAUCACCUUCUAAAAGUUGUGAUGUGGUGGUUGCCAAUGCUGGUAUUACUGGACCAGAUGAGAUUUUUACUCUAGAAGAUCCAUCCACCGAACCUACAAAACCAGAAUUACGAAUCCUCAACCUCAACCUAGUCGGGGCAAUGUACACUUUCAAAUUGGGUCAACAUUAUCUACGUGCACGACCCGAGUCGGAGGACGGCCGGGAUCGAUGUUUCAUCUUCAAGGGUAGCGUGGCGGGAUUGCUCGACCAACCUGGAUCCUUUCAAUAUUCGGCAUCGAAAUUCGGGUUGAGAGGGUUGAUGAGGAGUGCCAGGUGGACUUCGUGGCAGGAAGGUAUAAGGGUGAAUUAUAUUGCUCCUUGGUACACCAAAACGACGAUCCUAAAACCUCAAGUCAUUGAAAUAUUGGCUUCAAAAGGGAUCGAGUUCUCCGAGACGGCCGACUGUACAACUGCGGUAUUGAGGAUCGCUUGUGAUAAGAGUAUCAAUGGCCACUCAUUCGCAAUUCUUCCUCGAUCGGUCGCAGAACAUGGUUACGUGGAUGCUCAAUUGGAUGAUGACCAAGGAGAGCCGUGGAAUAGUUUACAAAAGGCGGCACUAGCAGCUUCGAUUAGGACAAUGGCUGCUUCUACACAGACUGCACAGUAG